ACGGCGGCAAGUGUCAAUGGCAGCUAACAUUCACUGUCCCCUUACUUCAGAAUACUACUUGAUGACAUUAGUUAAUGGUUAUUAGUGUGUACAUAUUUCUAAGAAGGUCUCUCGUCUUCCCGUGGAGGUCUUAGGUGGAGAAGACUGCUAGAUUAAAUUGGCGAUUGGUGUUGCUUCUAGCAGUAACUUGUUUACAUGAGUUGCGGAAUAGACUGGAUAGCUUAGAGAUCUGGGUAGCGUUAGCGAUUUAAUAUAUUUGUUUUGUAUCUUUGUACAUAGCAAGAUGUUCAGGGGUCAGAGAUAGCUAUCUUUUCGUUUUAUUUAUAGUUUCCUCCUUCUAGCUGUGACCUGUCAAGCGUAUACAAAGGCAUUCAAAGCAACCAUGUCAGCAGAGCCGACACAGCCUCAGUCAUUACGCUUUGGUCAGGUGGUGAUUGGACCUCCAGGUUCUGGCAAAACCACAUACUGCCGCGGAAUGCAGGAGUUUUUGGGACACCUCGGACGCAAAGUGGUUGUAGUUAAUAUGGACCCUGCUAACGAGAGGAUGCCUUAUACCUGCGCCGUGGACAUUUCAGAGCUGGUCACAUUAGAUGAUGUGAUGGAGGGGUUGAAGCUUGGACCCAAUGGCGGACUUCUGUACUGUAUGGAGUAUCUUGAAGCGAACUUGGACUGGCUUGAAGCUAAGUUAAAACAACACAGUGACUGCUAUUUCUUGUUUGACUGCCCGGGUCAGGUAGAGCUUUACACCCACCAGAGCUCUGUGAAGAACAUCGUGGCUCAGCUGGGAAAGUGGAACUUCAGGCUAGCUGCAGUGCACCUGGUGGACUCUCACUACUGUGCCGACCCGGCCAAGUUCAUCUCGGUGCUGUGCACCUCUCUGUCCACCAUGCUACACGUGGAGCUGCCCCAUGUCAACAUCCUCUCCAAGAUGGACCUCAUCGAGCAAUACGGAAAACUGGCCUUUAACCUGGACUUCUACACCGAGGUCCUAGACCUGACCUACCUGGUCGAUCACUUGGCAGCCGACCCCUUUUUCAAAAAGUUCCACCACCUGAAUGAGAAACUGGCAGAAGUGAUUCAAGACUACGGCCUUGUCUCCUUUGUCCCCCUCAGCGUACAGGACAGGGAGAGCAUGACUCGGGUGCUGCGGACGGUGGACAAGGCUAACGGCUACUGUUUCGGCGACCUGGAGGAGAGGAACCUGCAGGUGAUGAUGUCGGCCGCAGUGGGGGCAGACUUCCAGUUCAGCUCAACUUUAGGGGUGCAGGAGAGGUACGUCAGGCCAGGGGAGAAGACUGUGGAGGAGGAGGUGAUGGAUCAGUAGACCCAGAGGUGGAUGGAUGCUUCUGGUUCCUGUUCUGGAGGGUGGCAGGAUGUCCUGGGGCCCCUGGCCCACGUGACCACCUGGGUUAUCAAGACUGUGCUCACACUGCAACACCACUGUCCAGACACGCAUUCUGUUAUCUCAGAAAGAAACUGUUAGCAAGGACCUGGAUUAGCAACAAACUGGAAACAGUGAUUCAGGAU